AUGCCACAGGAGCAACGUCCGAGAGUGGUGGAGCUUCUCGCCAAAAUGCAGAAUGACGAUUCCUUGGAGCGCCGGAGCCUGAGCACCAAAAGUUCCAAGAAGAUCACCUGGUGCAGCGAGGAGCGCCAAAGGGAGAGAGGCAGCCUUGAAUCGGCGCGGGCAUCAGCGAUGCUGUUCAGUGCAGAUGCCCGUGCGCAUGAGCACAUCAAGGCUCAGCUGCAGGAUGAGCUGGACCACAUCCAGAAGACAAGCGAGAAUUGCGAUGGGGCCCUACGCACUGUCCUCCAAGAUGCCACCAAUGUGUCCCAGGCCUUGGAUGGCACAAGGCAGGACGACGCCGUCGCUGCCAAGGUGCUUAACAAAGCUCUGAACGGCCUUACAAGCCUUCGAGACCAAUGGUGGGGCCACGAAACGAACAACCCAGUUGGCACGGCCAUGACGUCCUUGACUGGCGUCAAACAAUCCUUUGAGGCCCAAGCAGAGGCGUGCGAAGGUCUGCAGAAAGAGUCGAGCGACUCUGCCAAGAUGGUCGCCGGACGUGCCCGUGACCUUUUGGCAGCGCUGGAUGCCGAGGGCCGAAAGCUGGAGCUCAUGCGUGACUUCUACGCCAAACGGAAGAGACGAAGCACGUCGAUGAAGGACUUGUACGACUCGCAGGUCAUCUCAGCCGAGGCUUAUCUGAGAAACCUGGACCAAUCAUGCGGCACCGGCGUUCUGGAGCAGCAGUCACAUGAGACACAGGCGGAUGUGCGCGCAUUGAACGAUGCUGACAUGGUCUUCAAGGGGCAACCGAUUAAAGCUCCACAUCUUCUGCGGGGGUCUUCGAAAAGCUUGUCGCCAGUGGAAGAGGCAGCGCUGGCGAUGGGGGUUUCGAUAGACUGA